GAGGGGCAACGUUAUUCAUUCUGUUAGUUUUUAAUUUUUCAUAUUUUUUUAAAUAAAAUAAUUCUCAAAUUUAUCAAAAUCCCAUCUGGCUUUUUUAGUCAGUCACGUUUUAAUUGUUUUGAUCUGAUUUUAAAUGCGAACCUACUAAAGAAUGGAUAUAUGGUGGCAUUGGUUGAGUAUGACAACAUCAGCUUAAAGAAUAUAUAUAUUUCCUUCCAAUUGCUCAUAGGGAGGGAGAGAGAUGGAUGUAGAGCAUCACAGCAGCGGCGAAGGUCCAGCAACGAACGAUCGAUGUUCAAUCUGUCACGAAAACUUCCAACUCCCAUGUCAAGCAAAUUGUUCUCACUGGUUUUGUGCAAACUGUAUUAUCCAAGUUUGGCAAUAUUCUUCUCCUCUUCAACCUUGCAAAUGUCCUCUUUGUCGUCGUCCUAUUAAUCUUCUUCUUCCCACUGACGUUGUCGACAACAACAAUUAUGAGCAGGAUAGUCUUCUGGGUGAUAUUCAGAAAUAUAAUCGUCUUUUUGGUGAACAAUCUAAUGCUAGUAUUGCUGAGAGAUUACGUGAUCUUCCGUUUCUUUUAAGAAGGCUUUUUAGGGAUUUUGCUAACCCUAAUGUGUCUUUUCCUCUUGUUAUCAGAGCUCGUAUUUUUGUUACAGUAGUUGUGAAUCGUGUCGGAUUGGAGAUCAUUAGUCGGAAUGUUGGAGGUGACUUCGAACCGUUGUUCCUAUGAUCAAUAGCUUCCUUCUUCUCCGGACGGAAAUUGUUUAUGUUGCAAGUGGACGGGUACGGUACAUACAGAUAUGAGAAUACAACAAAUUAAAUUCCAGAAGGUACCGUAGUGUAGAAUAUGUAUAUUGAUUUCAAUUUCGAUUCAAAUUGCUUAGCUAUAUUGUCAAAUUAAUUACCUAUUGAACAUCGAAUAUUGGAUUUAGCAAGAGGUUAAUAAAAAAGCUCCAUUUGAAUUCCAA